AUGCACAAACUGUCGACGCAAAAUAGCAGCGAGAUAGCUGGCCAUGCCAUUGGCCUCGCGUCCAUAAUUCAGCUGGUCGGCCCCGACGCAUUCCAGGAUGGCCAUCACCACCAAGCGUUUGUCUUUUCUCGUUUGGUGUUGCGACGGCGCUUGUCAAAGAGCAGCCCACCUUCUUGGAUGUACCAUUGUGAACAGACUUCUGUGUAUAAUUCUCGGGAUGUCUUAAACAAGGAAAACACAUCAGCAUAG